AUGAAGUUACUUAGGUGUUUAGUGCCAGUAGUGGUGCUGCUAUUGAUUAAGAACUCCUCUGCGAGACCUGGUGUGUUAGGCUUAGAUUUGAUCCGUGGGAACGUUGGUAGUUUGCUGGAUCCAUUGGGAAUAUUCAGGCCUAAAGGUAAUGGUGCCCACGCUAGCAGCAAUGCUCAGGCAUUGGGAGGAAGUCUAAAUAUCGGACCUAUUGGUAUCGGCGGUGGAUACUCCUCAGCUGUGUCAUCGGCGUCGGCGAACAGCGACGGUGGCUCAGCUUCAGCUUCAGCCAAAGCGGAUGCUCAUGCUGACGGAUAUGGAGGAUACGGUGGUUCGAACGCGAACGCGCAAGCAUCCGCUAAUGCUAAUGUACAAGGUUCUUCGGGAAACCCUGGGGGGUAUUUUGGCAAUAAUGGUGGAAACAGCGGUUAUUAUCCUGACGUUUCUCAUCAAGUCAAUCAACCGAAUUACGGAAGUUAUGGUGGCUCUCAGUCCAGUGCUAACGCUAACGCGAAUGCGAAUGCAAAUGUCAACGCCAAUGGUGGAGGGUAUUCUGUCGGUCCCUCUUAUUAUCCUUCUAAACCCCAAGUCAUUGGCAACGCUAAUGCUAAUGCUAAUGCUAACGCAAACGCGAACGCGAACGCUAACGUCUUAGGUACUGGCGGCGUGAAUGUGAUUCCCAACAAGUAUCCUGGCGGAGGAAUAGAUAAAAUAGAAGUUAUUCCCAUAAAUACGCUGCCACUUUCUCAACCAACAUUGCCUGCUUAUUCAAUACCUCACCAGUCGCCUGGAGCUGGUAAAGCAGAUGUAAUUGUCGUUGUCGAGGAAUCUCCGCAGUAUCCGCCGUAUCAUCAUCCGAGUCCUCCCCAUCGCCACCAACACCAUCGUCAACAGCAUUAUGGUAAACCAAAGCAGCAGCCCAUUGAAGUUAUCAUCAUUGAGGAGCCAAAGCCUAAUCCAGCUAAUAGCUACGGAAAUAGCGGCGUUCAAGGAACCCAUCCUGGAUAUACACAAAAUCCGUUUUUAUCUAAUGGCGCCGGAUCAAAUGUUAAUGCUAACGCCCAUGCUAAUGCUAACGCUCAAGCAAUUGCAAGUACAAAUGGCGGAGGUGGACACAGUUAUCAACAAAGUGGACAUCAGCAAAAUGGUUAUCAACAAAAUGAAUAUCAACCAGGUGGAUAUCAACAAGGCGGACAUCAACAAGGCGGAUAUCAACAAGGCGGACAUCAACAAGGCGGAUAUCAACAAGGCGGAUAUCAACAUGGUGGCACUUACCCAAUAGAAUCAUCAGGACACCAAAAUCCAAUUGGCAGUAAUAAUCCCUUUCUAAAUCCCAGCGGACAUUCCAAUGGCAACGCCGGUGACAAUGUUAACUCAAAUGCUGGAGCUAGUGCCAUCGGACAACAUUCAAUAGGCACCAAUAAUCCAUUCCUUAACGGUGGCGCAUCCCAAAAUGUCGGAGGAGGAGCAAACUAUGCAGGAAGUUCGAGCGUUUCAGGCAACAAACCUGAAGGCAUUCUUACCACCUAUCCGGGACAACUGUCCGGAGGAUUCCCUGGCUCACUCGGGACGGCGGGAGCCAAUGCUGGCGCCAACGCCAAUGCCAAUGCCAAUGCGGGCGCUGGAUCCGGUGGUUUUGGAGGAGGUCCGAUCAAAGAAAAUCCGAUAAUUAGCUCUGGCGGACACGGUGGCGGAUCUUCGGGAGUUCUUGGUGGUUAUAAAGAUCACGAAUCUAGUCCAAAUUACAAUGGAUUUGGAGGACAAGUCGGUGGUUCAUCUAGUGCUAACGCUAACGCUAAUGCUAAUGCCGGAGUCACUAAUAUCGGAGAAUCUGGUGGACAUGGACCCAUUUUUGGUGGAUCUGGAGGUCACGGGGGAUAUGGUGGAAGCUCUUUCGGUGGGCAAGACAGUGGAUUUGGAAAUAAUGGUGCAAAUAUUCACGGUGGACAUGCUGGAGGUUCUUCCGGAACCAACGCUAACGCCAACGCUAAUGCCAAUGCCAAUGCCGGAGCCACCGGCGGCCAUGGAACUAUUCUCGGAGGAUCUGGAGGUCACGGAGGAUUCGGUGAAGGCUCACUCAGUGGACACAGUAGCGGUGGAUGUGCACAAUGUGGCUCUUCGAAUCUCGGUGGAUAUGGCGGUGGUUCUUCUAGUGCUAAUGCUAAUAGUAAUGCCAAUGCUAAUGCUGGAAGUUUUGGUGGUGUCCCUAGUGGAUACGGAAGCGGUGUUAAGGGAACAGGACAUGCCGGAGGACAUGGUGGUCAAAGCGGAUUCGGUGAUCAAGGCGGAUUUGGCGGAUCAAUCGGAGGAGGCUCAAACGCUAACGCACAGGCGUCGUCUAAUGCAAUUGCAUCCGGCGGUGGAUCGGCAUCAGCAAACAGCAAAUCGUCGGCCUUCACUAACGGAUCAGGAUCCGCAAAAGCCGAUGCGUCCAGCAAUGCGUCUUCAGGAUCUUACGGUGAAAUAGGAUUGAAAAGUUCAGCGUCAAGCCAAGCAUCAGCUUCAGUCGAUACUAGGGAUAUGCUGGUCUUUAAUUAAACAUUGUGAUAUAACGAAACGAA